AUGUUUCCAUUGAUGUUGCUUCUUGGUUUAGUUAGUGGUAUCGUUGGUUGGCCUAUUGAUGAAUUCAACAUCUUUAAUUAUGGAGCCAGUGGUUUUGGAGAAGUUGAUGAUUCUAAGGCAUUUGUGAAUGCAUGGAGAGAUGCAUGUAAUGCAAGAACACAAAAUGCAAAGGUGAUAGUUCCUAAAGGGACUUUCUUGUUGAAUCCUCUCAUGUUUCUUGGACCAUGCAACCCCCAAAGCAUUCGUUUUGCGGUAGACGAUGGUGAUGACGGUAGGUUGGAGAUGAAGAAUGCAGAAGGUAGGUCGGAGACGGUGUUGAUAGGGCUACCGAUGUUUUGUGGUGAAGAUGAUGUUAGUGUUGGCAAAGGGUGGUCGUGGAGAUGUGUAAAUAUGAUGACUUUUAUGAUUUUUGGAAAAAUUAUCGCUCCGGGUGCUCCAGAAUCAUGGAAUGGUCGUGAUUCUAGUCAAUGGAUAGCUUUUAAAGAUGUAGUAGGCCUUAAUGUGUAUGGAUAUGGCCUUAUAGAUGGACAAGGAAUGCGUUGGUGGGACCAGUCUUGUCGAUAUCAUCCAGUAUUGGAGGGGUGCACCAAACUAGCACCAACGAUCUUCAAGUUUAUAUCAUGCAAGGAGAGCACAUUAAGAGACAUUUAUAUGGUUAAUAGCCCACAAACUCACGUACUCAUACUAAAUUCCAAAGGGUUUAAUGUUGAUAAUGUAACGAUCCAAUCACCUGAACAUAGCCCCAAUACUGAUGGCAUUCACAUCCAUUCUUCUCAUUUUGUCAAAAUCACCAACUCAAUAAUUGGAACAGGUGAUGACUGCAUUUCAAUAGGGGACUACAUAUCAAACAUAGAUAUAGCCAAUAUCAAUUGUGGACCAGGGCAUGGUAUAAGUAUCGGGAGCUUAGGAAAGAACAAAGAAAUCGUUCAUGUUGAGCACAUACACAUACGCGACUCCACAUUGAAAGGAACCUCAAAUGGAGCUCGAAUCAAGACUUGGCAAGGAGGUCAAGGAAACGUUCGAAAUAUUACUUUCGAGAAUCUUGAAUUUGAUGCCGUAAACAACCCAAUCAUCAUAGACCAAAAUUACUGUGACGUCCGUGGCAAAUGCAAAGAAGAGGAAACCGGUGUCAAAAUAAGCGAUGUGGUUUACAAGAAUCUUCAUGGCACAUCAUCUUCCAAGAUUGCUAUCAAUUUAAACUGUAGUAAAUCCGUACCUUGCUCAAGGAUUACAAUGGAUACUAUAAACUUAGUGUCUGUUCAACAAGGUAACCCGGUGACUGCUAAUUGCACAAAUGCUAAAGGAACAGAAGUUGAAGUGCACCCAGGACCAUGUUUAAGGAACUAG